CACAUCAAACACACAACAAACAGUGAGAAGAAGGGGGAAGAGGAACCGGUUCGCGGGAGAGGAGGGUGUCCGAUGCUACAGCCUCUGCUAUUACUGCUACUGCUACUGCUGCCGCUGCCGCCGCCGCCGCCGCCGCCGUUUCUACCCCCCCGCCGCGCGCCGCGGGGGAGGGGAGGAGAGCGCGCGAGUUCCAGACCACGAGAAAACAAACGGCCGCCCCACCUCGCCUCCAACCACCACACUAGCGGGCUCGAGCUCCCACAAUGCCUUGCGGCGCGGGGCGCGUCAGCGUCGGCUCCACCCCCCGCAGGCCCAGCAGCCCAGCCUGCAGCUCGAGAAAUGCGAAGCACCGCUGUCCAUCUUCGUCCCUCUUGUUUUUCUUUUCUUCUUCGGAAGAGAGAAGAAAAGUAUACAGUUUUUUUUUUUUUAAAGCAAGCAUUCAUCUCCCUGAAGAAAGUCACUUUAGCAACUAUUCUUAUUAAAUACUACUCAAACAUACUGAUAAUCAUCUACAGAUCUAUCCAGUUACUAACGGUAUUUACACCCAAGCCAAGAUGCCACCCCACCACCAGCAGUAUAAAAUGUCCUGGAAUCUUCAAUGUCCGUGAAUUUUGUCGUCCCGUUGCUCUGGCUGGAAGUGGAGUGGAAUCACCAUCUUGGCUCACUGCAACCUCUGCCUCCUGUGUUCAAGCAAUUCUCCUGCCUCAGCCUCGUAAAACCUGAAGCCUUACCGAGUAUCUACAUUAGUGAAUACCUCUCGGCACAAUGCAGUCAAGAUGCAAUAUGGAAGAGAUUAGAGCACAAGGUUAUUGAUAUUUGGAUGCAGAGCCAACUGGCUAAGUGACUUUCACUACUGCUUAUACAGAAAACAGAUGGGUUGACUGAAUGUGAGCUUCAACAAAAUUACAAAUUAUGGCCUUCAUAGAAAUGAACUAGCAUUAGCUAGAGCCAAGACUUUUAAAGAAAAGCAUACAGUUGUCCCUCAGUAUCUGUGAGGGAUUGGCUCCAGGACCCUCCCACAAAUACCAGAACCAGAGGAUGCUCAAAUACCCUACAUAAAAUGGUGUUGUGUGGUAAUGCAUUUGGUCUGUAUCCAUAGGCUCCAUGUACGUGGAUUCAACCAACCUGGGAUUGAAAAUAUGUGGGAAAAAAUUGAUGGUAUAAACGUGUAUAGACGUUUCAUUUCUUGUCUAACAACUAUUUACACAGCAUUUACAUUGUAUUAUUAUUAGUAUAGAGAUUAUUUAGAAUAUUUGGGAGAAUGUACACAGAUUAUAUACAAACACUAUACUAUUUUACAUAAAGAACUUGAGCAUCUGUGGAUUUUGGUAUCCUCUGGGGUCCUGGUAUCAAUUCCUCCUGAAUACUUACCUCAGGAGGGGUAUGACUGUAUUUGCAUAUAAUGUAAGCACAUCCUUUCAUACACUUGAGUAACCCUUAUCUAAAAUGCUUGGGACCAGAAGUGUUUUGAAUUUUUAAAAAAGAUUUUGGAAUAUCUGCAUUAUAUUUACUGAUUUAGCAUCCCUAAUGUGAACAUUUAAAUCUGAAAUGCUCCAAUGAGCAUUUAUUUUGUGUCAUGUCAGUGCUCAAAGUUUCAGAUUUUGGAGCAUUUUGGAUUUUGGUUUUUCAGAUUAGGGAUACUCAACUUUUAAUACUAAAUACAAUAUAAAUGCUUUGUAAAUCGCUGUUAUUCUGUAUUUCUAAUGUCUUUUCAAAUUUUUUUGAAUAUUUUUGAUAGGGAUUGGUUAAACCCAAGUAUGUGAAACACAUGGUUAUGGAGGCUGAUUGUAUGACUAAUUGCAAGUCACUCAUAAAUGAGUAUCUGUGAAUACAAAAAUGUCUGGCAAUUUAUUUACUCAUUUUGAAUCAUACAUAUGUAACUGCCAGUUACAGAUUUUUAAUAGUUAACAUUUAUUGGGAGUGUCUAUUAUAUACCACACAUACUAAAAAAUAUUUGAUGAUAAAAGGACAAAUAACAGAAGGGAGGGAUCAUACCUUUUUCUUUUUUUCCUUAAAUGUUAACACUUACUAAUUCUCUGUGAUGGGUACACAGAAAUCUUUUAUAUGACUCUACAUUUUUCUGUAUGUUUGACAUAUUUCAUAAUUAAAAUUACAAAUUCAAACCAAAGAAAAAGAGUUGUGAUAAAAUCCUUUAAACCACCAGAAGCCAAUUUAUGUAUAACUUACUGAACAAAUAGAGGCUACUUUGC